AUGGGAAAACCAAAAAAUCAACCUCGUAUCAAAGGAAACGUGCAACCAGCUAGUAGCAGUCGAGCUGCUGAAAUUAUUGCAACAGGUGGAACCCAGGUUCCUACAGAAAAUUUAGGAGGAUUCGCUCAAUUCUUGGGUGGAACACCUUUUUCGACGUCAAAUUCCUUUUCACCUGAUACUUCAGCUGAUAAAGCGACCGAUGUCAACCUGGAUUCAACUUUAGUGCUUAUUUUUAAAAGAUUAUCCAAACGUGAUACAACUACAAAAUUGAAAGCUCUAGAGGAGCUCGAAGCAUAUUUAAGAGGAAAGGAAGAUAAUGAAAUUGAUCCGGCUAAUUUAACAAAUGCAUGGGCCAAAUUUUUUGUCAAACUAGCAAUUGAUGUGGAUCGUCGAAUACGCUACACAACAUACUCUUGUCAUUUGUUAAUAGUAUCUAAAGUUAAAAAGCGGCUUGCAUCCAAUCUCAAAGAAAUAAUUGGUGUUUGGAUAAUAUCAUUAUUUGAUCAUUACAAGGACGUUACUCGGAUAGCAACAGAAUCUUUUCAAACGGCUUUUCCUGCUGGAAAGCGAGUCGAAGUUCUAUCAUUCUGUCAGGUGGAAAUUUUAUCUUAUAUUUCGGACAUAAUAAUCCAAAAAACGCCAGAUACAUUAAGUGAUCCUAGGUUUACAUCAAAAGAAGAUAUGAUUUCGAAAUAUGAGAGAGUUGUUGCUAGCUCAUAUUACUCUCUUGCGCACCUGAUAGACCAACUAAAUGAGGAUUCAUUAUUAAAAGCUGUAAAGCAGUACGAUGAUUUAUUUGAUAAUCCCAAGACUUGGGUAAAUUUAACUAAUGGCAAUCCACUUGUCCGUAAAUCAUGUUACAAUAUGAUAAAAGUUUUGACUAAUAAGUGGCCAAAAAAGGUUGAAGAUCGGUUAGAUGUUUUGAGCACGACAUAUUUGAUGAAUAUAUUUAAUGAAAAAGAUAUCACUGUCUAUGGCGAUUCAUGGGAUUCUCUAUUAGUAUUCACUAAGAAUUUUCCUGAUUCUUGGCUACUUGCUAGCAAAAAAAAGCCAAUGCUCAAUAAAUUAUAUAAUUUCCUUAGAUCAGCAUGCUACGGGUCGACAUUAGUCUCGUACACGAGCAUCCUAGCGUUAAUUAACCUUCUCCCACAAGAACUCAUAAUUAACGAUCCAAAGUUUUAUGAUGAAUUCUUUUUAAAUUUUUGGAAAGGCUUGUCAAAUACGACAAUCGAUCGUUCUAAUUCUGGCGUAUUUUUACAAGCUUAUAGUGAAUGUUUAGUAUAUUUUAUAUGCAAAUUAGACAAGUCUGAAAAUGAAAAGCAGACGCGAGCUUAUUUACUUGAACAUAAAUUUUUUGAAUUAAUCAAAUUAUAUUUAACGGAUUUCAAGUCCUGUCAAAAAUUCCAAGUCCAGCAAAUGUGCUCAAUUCUUGCACAUAAUAUGAAUCAAUUGGCUAUAAAAUUACAAGGGACAGACGCGACAGAUAUCCUGCAACAUAAAUUGCAGAGUCUUAUUGUCAAUGUGAUAAAUGAUGAUGCCAUUUUAAAUCCUGAUCCCAAGUUAGAAGAUAAUUUCAAGGAAUUUUGUCAAAGAUUGGCUGAUUUCUUUAUUGCUAUAUCUUCAACAGCUAAAACUGAUAAUAAACAAGAAAUCUCCAAUGCUAUUACGGAUAUGUCGAAGAUGUUUUCUGUGUUUCGUUAUCAAAAUGCAAAGAAAAUAAUGGCACUUAAAAGCUUUCUUAGCAACACAAUUUUUGAAAUUGCUAGAAAUGCAUCCAUGACUUGUUUGAAUUAUGUGCUUGAUUUAUUUGUUUUGUGUUUGACGUGCAGCGCAGAAUUACCAGAAGCUCAAUGCAAUUGGAAUAAACUCGUACAAUCCUUUCUUGAGAUCGAAACGUUUGAGUCGAAAAUAGAUGGUCUUUAUCUUCUGAUCUCUAAAGUUUUUGACGUAAACACUUCUGCCUCCUUUUUGGUUGAACAAUUAAAUGAAUAUUUGAUAAUUCUUAGCAAUCAGUUGCUAUACCAACAUUUUGAAUCUAAUACAAGGACUAAAAUCGAAAAUCUCCUAUGCACUAUUUUUUUAUUUAAAGCUGAAGAUUCGGUUAUAUCCAAUGAAGUUGCAUUAUCGGUUUUACAUAUCUUCGAAAAACUAUUUAAAGAUGACGAGUUCAUCAAAUUUUUUUUAUAUUCAGACCUGUUGCCAGUAUCAGGACAAAUUUUCGAGUUAACUUUUAUAAGCCCCCAUGAAGGUUUUAACACAGAUGUUAUAAAGAAUAUUCAACAAUUAGCCCAGGAUUGCUGGGAUCGAAUUGCAUUAGCAUCACGUUCUCAUCUUCGAGAGGAUGUCGUAAUAAACAACGUAUCGCGACAAAUAAAAUCAUCAUUGCUAAACAUUCACUAUUCUGCAAGUCCUACAGAUUUCGCAUUACGUGUAAAGAAGCUAUGUUCGUUUUACGACAAUGAUGAUUUAAAAUCACAGGAAAUCAUCGAAACAUUUCAUAUAGAAAAUGAGAUAUGGCGCGAACUCAGUAAACUUUUCCUUUCUUCAAUUGAUUCAUCUCUGAGCAUAGUUGAUCCAAUGUUACUGCCGCUAAAUAAUGAUCAACAAAAUAGCCUGCAAAAUAAUAACCAAACAGCAGCUAUUGUUGCUUAUGAUUCAUAUGGUUUAAGUGUUUACGGGCGCUUGGGUCUAUUUUUGAUAGAACUUAUUCACAAAAUUGGUGUAGAUUCCUUUUUUAUUGGGAAUCAUGAAAAGUUGUUGAAGAUGGGCACAAAAGAUGGCACAUCAUAUUCAAAUUGUAAUCGAAUUAUAUUGGAAUUAUUACUUAUAUAUGUGUUAUGUACUGAUAUCCGUCAUUCUCGUAAAAGUGAUCACCAUUUAUGGGAUGCCUUUAAUGUAGAGGAAAGUGAUUAUCGCGGAUUCAAAGCAUUUUUGGAAGAUGUUCGUUUGAUUGUCAAAAAUUACGCUCUGCAAAUAUUCCAAAAUGAACAAUUAGAUAUUAAAUUCAUAUUGGACAGCUUAAAUGCUAUUACGAGUUCCCAUAAUAUUGUACAUACUGGCACAUCAGGUCUGCUUUGUGAAGCAGUAAGGAGAUCGCAUGGCGAGAAUUCCGUGUAUUGGGCGAGGGUUUUACAUAUUUUGUGUUCAGAAAUAUUUAAUGCAGCAAGUAUUUCCCUUAAUCAAGCUGAAGAAUUCUUAGACGUGAUAAAAUUAGAAUCUAUGAAUUUGGUAACGAAGAUGGCAUUUGUUUUGUCACUGAAAACUUUUCUUGGUGCUUCCACAAAAUAUAAAGAUUUUCAAAAUGAUAUGGCUGUAAAAUUGAUUAGUUUGGAUCCGAUGGAAAUAUUUAGCGAAAAAGGUUUAGAAAGCAAUAAUGGGUUGACAUGUCUUUGUUUGUUAAUAACUUCAACUUCAAAAGAUGAUGAAAUAUUCUUAUCUUCAGACAUGAGCAUUAAUUUAUUAAUGAGAAUUCAAGAAUGGCGCAAUGCUAUAGAUCCAAAUAUCUGGUCUAAGUCUACGUUUGUCCAAAUUCAUAUUUUAAUUGCAAAAUUGUUAUAUCCUCUUGUAAUUACUAUACAAGAACUUCAUGGAAAUUAUUGGAACUUUAUUUUUGAACUCCUUCAAUAUUGGCUACAAGAAACUUCUCAAUUAGAACUUCUCUAUGAAGCAAUUCACAUAUUUUGUCGAUUAAAUAACAUAGCCGCGUAUUCUACUAAUAAAAUUGACGUUUACGUCGAUGAUUCUGCAGAAGAUGCUGUCUGUAAUUUGUCUUCUAAGCUAAUUACCUAUAAACCUUUACUUUAUCAGCAACUAUCUUUAUUAUUUUUCAGAGAAAAAGCUCAUCAGGAUGACGUUUUAUCAUAUCAAUAUUGCGAAUAUUUGGAAAUUUUAUGUGAAGCAUGUCAUGAUUUGCCGAAAGAAACUCUUUUGAAUAAGAAGGAUGAGCUUUAUGCCUUAUUACUUGUUCCUCAUGAGGGAAUCCAAAAAUGUGCAUACAAGCUCUCACAUGUUUUGGUCAGCGAAAAAGUAUUAAGGUUGUCUGAAGAAUUAGAAUUUCUCAGUACUUCGGAUGAGUCGAUCUCCGUGCAAUUGGAUCAGGGUUUGAAGACCUUGCUCAUCGAAAUGCAAAGUGAUCAUUUAAAUUUAAUACAUACAUCAAAUCCCAACUCUUUUGUUGUACAUAAAACAUUUGGAUAUUUACUUGCCUGGAUGCUUACUUUUGACCAUUUUAAUCAUGCUGCACUAAAAUUCAAAUCACAACUUAUCCCAUGCAUCAAAGAGAUGGAUAUAACCUCAAAAUUCUUCUACGACAUAUUUGAAAUACUAGGUCUUGUGGGACAAACAACACCUUACAAUCUGUCAAAAUGGGAUGUUAGAGAAUUCUAUACUGAAGCUUUUGAACUUCAAUAUAGUGCUGCAUUAGGUUUUCCUUUGCUUUGCGCACAUUUAUACUAUCGUUCUCUUAGACAUAUUCCUUCAAUUGUGAGAACAUGGUGGUCAGAUUGUAAAAAGCGUCAAUUAAGUAUCAGUGUCGAUAGUUACACGGAGAAAUAUUUUAGUCCAAUCAUAAUCCAAGGUCAACUGGAUAUGCUUCAAAGUGAAGAUGUCAAGUCGCAAUUAGAAGAUGAAAAAUUUACCAUUAGAAUUGCUCGUAGCUCUAAUGAAGUAAUUGCUGCCUUUAAUGUUGAUGAAUAUGUAAUGGAACUUAGUGUUCGGAUGCCGAAUAAUUUUCCUCUGCGCCAAGCGGAAUUUGGCACUCUUGAAAGAAUGGGUACAACAGAAGUGACUGACCUAAAAUGGGCAAAAUUACCUGUUCAAACAGUGGUUAAUUCCCAGAACAGUAAUUUAGACAUUGCAUUGAAUUUGUUCAAGAAUAAUAUCAAUCUUCGGUUCCGUGGGGUCGAAGAUUGUACUAUUUGCUAUUCCGUAGUGAGUCUUGAUGAUCGGUCAUUGCCAACCAAAAAAUGCUAUAAUCAUCCGACGUCUAGAUUAUGGCAAUCAGAAAGAAGUUUACGAAAAGCUUCAUUAAUGUAUCCAAUUUUUAUAACUGAUAUACCUGAAGCAGAAGAAAGUAUUUCUUCUUUACCUGGUCAAAAAAGAUGGGGUAUUAAUAAGCUUGAAGGAUUUCUUAAACCUCUCGUUGAGAAAGGUUUAAAAUCAUUAAUGUUAUUUGGUGUUCCUACUAGUGGAAAGGAUGCGACUGGAUCAAAAGCUGAUGAUCCAGAUGGACCAGUAAUUUUAGCGGUAAAACUUAUUCGAAACAAAUUUCCAGAAUUAUUUAUUGCCUGUGAUGUUUGUCUUUGUGAAUAUACAGAUCAUGGUCAUUGUGGGUAUUUGAAUGAAGAUGGUACUAUCGAUAAUUUGGCUAGCGUUAAACGUAUCGCUGAAGUGGCGAUAAAAUAUGCUAUAGCUGUCUUUGUCAAAGGUGCACACUGUAUCGCACCAUCAGACAUGAUGGAUGGACGAAUCAAAGCCAUCAAAGAAUCAUUAAUCAGAGAGAAGCUUGGUAACAAAGUUUUAUUAAUGAGUUACAGCGCGAAAUUUGCUAGUUCUUUUUAUGGGCCAUUUAGAGAAGCUGCAAAUUCUGCUCCAACUUUUGGUGAUCGUAAAUGCUAUCAACUUCCUCCAAAUGCCAGAGGUUUAGCACGUCGUGCAAUAACACGUGACCUCAGUGAAGGCGCGGACAUCAUCAUGGUUAAACCAGGAAUGCCGUAUUUAGAUAUAUUACGAGAUGCAAAAGAAUUGAGCCCUGAUAACCCCAUAGCUGUUUAUCAAGUUUCAGGUGAAUUUGCAAUGAUUUGGCGUUCAGCCGAAGCAAAUGUUUUUGACCUUCGAACGGCUGUUUUUGAAAGUAUGGAGUCUUUUCUGAGAGCUGGUGCCAACUUAAUCUUAACUUAUUAUACACCACAGCUUCUCAGUUGGUUAGACGCUUAA